CCCGCCCCCGCUGCGGCUCUUCUUCCAGGGUUCCGCCCCCGGGAACAGCAAGAGUACCUGAAAGAGUUGUAUGGCACUGCCAACAAGUACCACUUCCUGCACAGCCUGGCCCUCUUGGCCGUGCCCCAUUGCCGAUACCCCAUGAUGGCUGGGACCAUCCUGUCCACAGGCAUGGGGCUCUUCUGUGGGCCCUUCUAUUACCACGCACUAACGGGAGAGCCUGCCUUCACCCACGUGGCACCCUACGGUGGAAGCCUCCUGAUCCUUGGCUGGCUGGCCUUGGCUCCCUGACAGCCCCUCCCCAAUCUCCACGUUGUCCCCCAGCCCUGGGCGAGCCAGGAGCAUCUGCUUUGCCUUUGGACACCUCCCCUCUGCAGGACGGGCCAAGAGGAGCUCCUGCCUGCACGGGGUCGGGGGGGCCUCUGGGCCAAGACUGGAGCGGCUUCUCUUCGGGGCCUGUCCGAAACCUGCGCUGGGGUUGAAUUCUCGAAGGGCUGAGGCCUCUCUCUUUUUAAUGAAAAUCUCAGUUGUUAUAAUGGAUGGAGAUUUGUGACGGGAAGGGAACGGAUCGCAUUAAGCCAUGGAUGUUGGCUUUGCUAGAAUGUACAGUAUGAUGCAACUUUAAUCAUUGUUUACAUGACUUUAAUAAAUGAACUUGAUUUUACUUAUUCAA